UAACUGUGUAAACGGAUUGCACAUACCUGGAGCGCCGCGGGCGCCCGAUAAGCGCCUGAAUGGAGGUGAUGUCACGGUGAUGCAGGCGCCGGCCCACCCUCGCCGAGAGAAAGGAGCCGAGCGCCGGGGGGCCAGCGCGAGAGCCGGCGACCGAGCGCAGCCAGCUUAGCCCGGGUCCCAGGGAGAGGCAGGCCCCGCGCCCUGAGUCCCCGCCCGGGCCCGCCAACCCAGGCCAGGGCUGGGCCUGGCCCGGCGCCCUGCGCUCAGUUCCCCCCGCCCCGCCCGCGCCUCGCCAGGGGCUGGAGGUGGCCCCAAACCCCGCGCCGGAGCCGGGCCGGCGGCGCGUCCCAGGGACCCAGCUGGAGCCUGGCCUCAGAGCCAGAAUGGCCAUCCGCAAAGCCUUGCUGACGUGCCUGGGACUGCCUCUCUUCCUAUUCCCAGGGGCCCAGGCCCAGGACCACGCCCCACCUGGCUGCAGCCCGGACCUCGACCCCCUCUACUACAACCUGUGUGACCGUUCUGGGGCUUGGGGCAUCAUCUUGGAGGCAGUUGCUGUGGCGGGCAUUGUCACCACUUUUGUCCUCACCAUCAUCCUGGUGGCCAGCCUCCCCUUUGUGCAGGACACCAAGAAGCGGAGUCUUCUGGGGACCCAGGUGUUCUUCCUGCUGGGGACCCUGGGCCUCUUCUGCCUCGUCUUUGCCUGCGUGGUGAAGCCCAACUUCUCCACCUGUGCCUCGCGCCAGUUCCUCUUUGGGGUCCUAUUUGCCAUCUGCUUUUCCUGCCUGGUGGCCCACGUCUUUGCCCUCAACUUCCUGGCCCGGAAGAACCAUGGGCCCCGGGGCUGGGUGAUCUUCACCAUGGCCCUGCUGCUGACCCUUGUGGAGGUGAUCAUCAACAUGGAGUGGCUGAUCAUUACGCUGGUCCGGGGAGGUGGUGAGACGGGCGCCCUGGGCAAUGGCAGUGCCGGCUGGGCCGCCGUCUCCACCUGCACCAUUGCCAACAUGGACUUUGUCAUGGCGCUCAUCUAUGUCAUGUUGCUGCUGCUGGGCGCCUUCAUGGGGGCCUGGCCCGCCCUGUGUGGCCGUUUCAAGCGCUGGCGGAAGCACGGGGUCUUUGUGCUGCUCACCACCUCCACCUCCAUCGCCAUCUGGGUGGUGUGGAUUGUCAUGUACACCUACGGCAACAAGCAGCACAACACUCCCACCUGGGAUGACCCCACGCUGGCCAUUGCCCUCGGCGCCAAUGCCUGGGCCUUUGUCCUCUUCUAUGUCAUCCCUGAGAUCUCCCAGGUGACCAAGCCCAGCCCAGAGCAAAGCUACCAGGGGGACAUGUACCCGACGCGGGGCGUGGGCUACGAGACCAUCCUGAAGGAGCAGAAAGGCCAGAGCAUGUUUGUGGAGAACAAGGCCUUUUCCAUGGACGAGCCAGCCUCAGCUAAGAGGCCGGUGUCACCGUACAGCGGGUACAAUGGGCAGCUGCUGACCAGCGUGUACCAGCCCACCGAGAUGGCCCUGAUGCACAAAGGCCCGUCCGAAGGAGCUUACGACGUCAUCCUCCCACGGGCCACUGCCAACAGCCAGGUGAUGGGCAGUGCCAACUCGACGCUGCGGGCCGAAGACAUGUAUGUGGCCCGGAGCCACCAGGCCGCCACACCGCCGAAAGACGGGAAGAACUCUCAGGCUCAGUCCCCACAAAAUAAAACGAGAUGGUAGACGCCCUCUUCCCUGGACUGCACGUCGCCCUGAUGUCCUCAUUCUUCUGUGUCCAGGCUGAGCAGGGCCCACCCGGCACCUUGGAGCUGGGAGGGCUGGAGGCUACCAACCUGGAGCAGUGGACCGAGUCGGGGGCCCUGUGAAACCCUGAGGCAUGUGGCCACCCCCUUUGCUGCCCAGCCCAGCCUCUCCUGGUCCCCAAGUGACUGAGGCCACAAGGAGCCAUCUGCAGACCCCCGGGCCUGCCUCCAUCCCUGUCUUGAACCCUCUCCCCGAUUCACACUCCCUGUGUCCCUAGGCUGUGGUUCUCCAGAUGGCCAUCCUCAGGUGCCCCUGUCUUCACACCAUGGGCCUUCCUGGCCAUCUUUUGGUGUCCAGCAUCUGCUUGUCCUGCUCUGGGCCUAGGUGAAUCUCCUCCGAGUCUUUGGAGCCAAGCCAUGGCAGAAGUUGGCCCUUGCCCUUCUCACCAAGGCCUCCUGCCACCACCUGGACCAGAGGAGGCCACUGAGCUGGGGCAGAGCUUCCUGAAGGCCUGGACAGACACUGCUUCCCUUCACGGCUUGUGGGUCCUGGAUCUGAGCCCCUUUGCGCCAUGACCCCACGCCUUCCCCACCUUCAAUGGACUGGGUCCCAUCAAGACACAAGGCAGGGAUUGGGGCUGUAUUCUCAAGGACCAGUUGAGAGUCCUGGACCAGAUGCAUUGGCAUCUAGGCCUCUCCCAAGAUGGAGACUCGUGGGACUUGGGGAGGCCCCUUACAUGAGUGGCAUCUGGGCCUGAAGAUUGUGCCAUUUCCUGAUGGGCAGAUGUAUAGGUUUCUACCUCACCUUGGGCACCUCGGUGUGCUGGCAUUGCUCUCCUCACUGGGGACUUGCUCCAGACGGUCCUGAUCGCCAUCCAGGGAAGUGGGGAGCAUCCUUGGGACCUACGUGAUGAUGGCACCAAGGAUAGCGAUGUGCAUAGCUCCAGACUCGUGGGAACUCUGCAGCUUUGUCCUGCCCUCGCCCACCAGACAGAGAUGGCUGGUCCAAGGGGACCCUCCCUAGGUGUGCCCAGGCACACCUCAGCCCAGACACCCCUGGGUGCCGAGACGAGAGCAGCGGCUGCGAGUUGGGCUGUGUCCGACUUCACCCUGUAGUCGGUCCCACAGCUCUCCAGUGCUAACCCCCAGCCCCAGCGGCCUGUGCCUUUGUCACUGGAGUAUUUUUCCAAAGCUAAAUUGGGUGAAUAGGCCCUGCGAAUGAAGUAGGAUGUACACUCGAGUGUGACCACCCACCACCACCACCAUUCGCCGAUCCGUUGGACUGGCUCGCUCAGUUCCAUGAGUGGAGUAUUCCCUCUGAUGGAAGAGAAGAGGGAGUUCUGUGUGCCUCAGACUUCUCUUGAUCUAGGCCAGUGGCCCCAAGAUCCCUUACAGUGAAUAAAGGGCCUCUCUCGCUUUUCAAGGUGAAAGUCCCACGAGAGUCCUGGCAGCGCCAGGCGGCCUGGGGGAGCAGCCUGGGGUGAAUGCGGGUUUGUUUAUGAUCUGAGUCCCCUGGGGGUCUGCGGGUGAGGCUCAGGGAGGGAUGGGCUCCUAAAAGAGGCAGCCCUGCCCAGAUUCGGGAUUACCCUGGGGCCCUGCUUACUCCGGUCCUUGGCCAAGUGGAGAAGACAGAGAAGGGUGGUCCAGCGGCAUCGUGAACAAGUGUGGAAUGGAAGAAACCAGAAUAGGCCAGACCCUGUUCAGGGAACACCAGGCCACCACCUUGGUAAGUUCCACACCCAUUUCUGUCAAACUGUAGCUCAAAGCAGCGUAGUUUGGACUUCACAAGUGCUCAGAAUUAAACGACCUGCUCUCCAUUUGUGAGGGAUUACUACCACUCAAUCCGUGUGUUCGUUAAGAAUUUUCCUGGGAUUUAUUAAGAAUACAUAUUUUGACUCCAA